AUGGAGGCAAGCAAACGUUUUCCGACGAAUAAAACCAUGGCUGCGACAAAUGAAAAAAUGACAAACGAGACUCGCAACUUCAGGAAAGUUGCUCGUCAAGUCAUGUUGGCAAACAUGUUUACGAGAAGGAAACUAAACGUACAAUCGCAAACGUUUGCCAAAAAGGCAGCUGGCCGCGGGGAGCGGUUAGCUGCGGUGAAAACACAGCGAAAGCACGAUGGACCCAUACAUGAACUGAAACCGCCGCUUAAAAGACGAGGAACUCCUGAACUGUUUCCGAUGUCGGAUGAAAUGAAACAAACCGUGAUUUCACUAGGAAAAAUGGAUCUCCUACCAAGUAAAGAAAGGCAAAAAAGCCCGGAAGAAGCGUUGAUGGAAAAAUCCCGAAAGGCCAGUAAAUUUCGCGAUAAAACUCGGCGAAGGAUCGUUCAUCCGCAAAGGUUUAUUCGUAACAUUCGAUCUUCUAUCAAUAAUUCAGAAAAAAAUAUUGAAAACGGCGUUCAUCGCGAAGAAAUAAUUAACGAAGAGGACAUUAAUGACUACGAAGACAGCCAGGAGAACAAAAAGCGAGAGAAUUGUAAUGAUAAAGUCAGGAAUGAUGUCUUACCAAGAACAAAAUUAGUCUACAACGAUCUAUCACGUCCACUAUCUACCGAAUCUCACCCAAACGCAAAACUGUCCGCGAAAAGUCAAUAUUUUCCUUCAGUUAGGCGUACAUUGUGCUUGUCUGGCUACAGUGAUCUAGGACCCAGAUUAUCAACAAGAGCGGUUAGACGGACUAGAAGUCAAGGAACAUGGCCAAUUAACAAUGCUUUUCCCGACUUAAGAGUUUCUUUUAAUGGGCAACACUAUUUUCCCACGACAAGGCAAAAUAAGAACAAUGCUUGGGUAACAGGCAGCGCUAUUUCGAGAUCUACAGAUGAAAGUGUUAAAAACGAACCCCAAAUAGUCAAAACCAGGCGCUGGAAAAGCGUCGAAAAUUUAACAAGAGAAAUUGAAGAAAAAUGUUUAUCUUGGCUCGAGACUCGGUACGGUAUGAAUCAAUGA